UACUGAGUUUAGAAGACUAGGUCUGCUUGCAGGAGAAAACUAGUUCCAAAUUGCUUGAAACUGAGUAAUUAGAAUAAAAAUGAACAUGAUUAAGUUCCUUCUUUUUAUUGUUCCUUUAGUUAUUUCCUCAAGAACUGACCAAGAACUUCCAUCAUUUGAUUCUAAAUCUUCAGAGCCAAAAUCAAGAUUUGCUAUGUUAGAUGAUGUAAAAAUUUUAGCCAAUGGCCUCCUUCAGUUAGGACAUGGUCUUAAAGACUUUGUCCAUAAGACUAAGGGCCAAAUUAAUGACAUAUUUCAAAAACUCAACAUAUUUGAUCAGUCAUUUUAUGACCUAUCACUGCAAACCAAUGAAAUCAAAGAGGAAGAAAAGGAACUUAGAAGAACUACAUCCAAACUGCAAGUCAAAAAUGAAGAAGUGAAGAAUAUGUCACUUGAACUCAACUCAAAGCUUGAAAGCCUCCUAGAAGAAAAAGUUCUCCUUCAACAAAAAGUGAAAUAUUUGGAGAAGCAACUAACCAAUUUAAUUAAAAAUCAAUCUGAAAUUCAGGAACACCCUGAAGUAACUUCACUUAAAACUUUUGUAGAACAGCAAGAUAAUAGCAUCAAAGACCUUCUCCACACUGUUGAAGAACAAUACAGACAAUUAAACCAACAGCAUAGUCAAAUUAAAGAAAUAGAAAAUCAGUUAAGAAGAACUGGGAUUCAAGAAUCCACUGAAAAUUCUCUUCCUUCUAAACCAAGAGCACCAAGAACUACUCCCACUCUUCACUUGAAUGCAACAAAAAAUGUAGAACAUGAUGAUAUUACUGCUGAUUGUACUACCAUUUAUAACAGAGGAGAACAUACAAGUGGCAUCUAUUCCAUUAGACCCAACAACUCUCAAGUUUUUAAUGUCUACUGUGAUUUUAAAUCAGGUAAUUCAUGGACAUUAAUUCAAUACCGAAUAGAUGGAUCACAAAACUUCAAUGAAACUUGGGUAAACUACAAAUAUGGUUUUGGGAGGCUUGAUGGAGAAUUUUGGAUGGGUCUAGAGAAGAUAUACUCCGUAGUAAAGCAAUCUAAUUACAUUUUACGAGUUGAACUAGAAGACUGGAAAGACAACAAGCAUUAUACUGAGUAUUCUUUUCACUUGGGAAAUCAUGAAACCAACUAUAUGCUACACCUAGCUGAGAUUACUGGCAAUGGCCCCAGAGUACUCCCGGACCACAAAGAUUUGGUGUUUUCUACUUGGGAUCACAAAGCAAAAGGACAUGUCAACUGUCCAGAAAGUUAUUCAGGUGGUUGGUGGUGGCAUAAUGUAUGUGGGGAAAACAACCUAAAUGGUAAAUAUAACAAGGCAAGAGCAAAAACUAAGCCAGAGAGAAGAGGAAUAUGUUGGAAGUCUCAAAAUGGAAAGUUACACUUCAUCAAAUCAACCAAAAUGUUGAUCCGUCCAACAGAUUCACAAAGCUUUGUAUGAACUGAGGCAUAUUACAAAGACAAUAAACAUUAAACAUCCCAA